UGCUUCAUUCUGCAUUCCUGAACAUUUAAGACUCAAAACAAUUUACAUGCUUUCACUUUGAUGCAGUCCUCAGGAUUGUAACCACUCCCUUCAUGUGUCUCCCAGAUCCAGUCAACUCACAACGAUAGCAGUGGGGUCAGCCAGGUGCUCAGGAGGUCACGGAGGGCCUGGAGCUGGAUGCAUGAGACGGCUUCAUGGGCCUGAAGGACCAUCUGGAGGAUGGGACAGGCCACAUCCUCAGCCUGGGGCUGGAUCUGGACUACCUUCAUGUGGAAGGUGCUGAACAGCAGGUGGACUUGAGCACUCUGACAGGUGAUGAGAAUAUAGGAGUCUUGCAAGUAAGAACUGGUACCUUGAGUAACAGCAGUAACAGUACUGGUCGCAGUAGUACUGGUUGUAGUACUCAUUCAAGCUAUAGUAGCAGCAGUAUUUGCAGCAACUUCUCUGAAGAGAGUGCCAUCUCUGACAGUGAAGAUGAUAAGCUUCAGAAUGGGUCUGGCUCUGAAUGUCAAAACCCUCAACAAGAUCAGUCUUACCAAUACCAAGAGUCCUCUUCAGUCUGUCAGCCAGUCAGGCUGGACCUGGCAUCAAAUCAACCCCCUGGAGACCCCCCACAGCCAGAAACCUCGCCUCUCACUGUCUCCGUCACAGACUGCCGCAACAAGGUGGAGUUUGCUCUCAAGUUAGGCUAUUCUGAGGAGGUGGUGUUGCUGGUGCUGAGGAAACUGGGCCCAGACGCACUCAUCAAUGACAUCCUGGGAGAGCUGGUCAAACUGGGAACCAAGACAGAGAUGGAGCAGCAAGCAGUCUCCCAGUCUUCUUCCACAUCAGUGUCAUCUUCUUUGGCCUCCUCCUCCUCUUCCUCUCUAGGCUUCCAUCGGCUUCUUUGUACAUCCCAGCUGCUGGAGGACAAAGAAAACCUUCGGCCUGUUGUGGUGGAUGGGAGCAACGUAGCCAUGAGUCAUGGGAAUAAAGAAGUGUUCUCCUGCCAAGGCAUCCAGCUGGCUGUAGACUGGUUCUUGGAGCGAGGCCACCGAGACAUCACCGUUUUUGUCCCUGCAUGGAGAAAGGAGCAGUCACGACCUUAUGCUCUCAUCACAGACCAAGAGAUCCUAAGGCGACUGGAAAAAGAGAAGAUCCUGGUCUUCACUCCGUCUCGCCGUGUGCAGGGACACCGUGUGGUCUGUUACGAUGACCGCUUCAUUGUCAAACUGGCCUAUGAAUCAGAUGGCAUCAUUGUUUCCAAUGACAACUACCGUGACCUAGCCAAUGAGAAGCCAGAGUGGAAGAAGUUCAUUGACGAGCGCCUGCUGAUGUACUCCUUUGUAAAUGACAAGUUCAUGCCACCAGAUGACCCACUGGGACGCCACGGACCCAGUCUGGAGAACUUUCUGAGGAAGAGGCCUGUUAUUCCUGAGCACAGGAAGCAGCCAUGUCCUUAUGGGAAGAAGUGCACAUAUGGCCACAAGUGUAAGUUUUAUCACCCUGAAAGGGGCAGCCAGCCCCAGCGUGCUGUGGCUGAUGAGCUCCGUGCAAGUGCCAAAAUUUCAUCAGUAGCUUCCGGAAACUUGCUGGAAGAUGCUGUGAUGGUGAAGAGCCAUAGUUCUGGUCAACCAGAAGGAACAGCAGAGGCUGAGCCAGACCAGGGAACUCGAAAGCAACAAUCCAAGUGCAGUCCUCAGAGCUCUGUCAUGGAUCUCCAGGAGGACAGGCUUCAGGUCCGCUCCAGAGUGGAAGGACGUAGGGGAAGCAACAGCAAAAGCAGCAGUGGCUUUCUAGGGCCUCCUGCUCCAGGGGGCCCACCUUUAUUAGGAGGCCUGGAUCAAUGGGAGCACCCUUGGGGAAGUGGUGGAGGCAGUUCCAGAGUUGCUGGAGCCUCUAGACCCAGUCAAACCAACACUUAUAACAGAUGUGAGUCUCCAGAGCUGGGCUACAGCUCACUGGUGAAAACCUACUCAAGCCUCAGUCUAGUAGUGCCGCGGAGCCCUGAAUGCUUCCUGCCAGCUGAUCUGCAAGCUGGAUCACUGCCAUCAGACUGUAACAGUGAGGGCAGUGUAAGCUCCGACUCUUUCUCCCCUGACCCCUUGUUAGACGAUGGCCCCACAUGGCACCAACACCACCAUCAUCACUGUUCCAGUCAGUACACCCAUCCUGCUAACCGUAUCCCACCUGGCCUGGGCCAGCAUGCUACUUAUGGCUGUCCUGCUCCCCAAGUGUUGCAGGCACAGCAUGGUUUUAGCUUGGAAAACCCUCCCUCUUCUGUUACCUCUCAUGCAUCUCCACGUCCCCUCAAGACCCUUUCAGCCUACAUCCCACCUCAUCUUAAGUAUCCAGCCCUGAGCAGCUUCCCAGGAGAUUUCCCAGCUCUCCCACCAUGUCCACCCCAAACAUCAACUGCUCACUCACAUUCUCAGAGCUUCCCCUUCAGCCGUAAUCUGAUGAGCUCCCUUUGGCAGGAAGGUGGGCGUUUGGACUCCAGAGUGUAUGAUGGGUCACCACUUCAUUCCAGAAGAAAUUUUCCCAGCCAAAAGCAACAGCUACAGCAUCAAAUAAACUGGGAGCCCCAUCACCAGCAGUCCCCUAAGGCUUGCUAUGAUAUGUUUACCUUUCCAAACCCCCCAGAAGUCCUUGACAAGGCCUGGCACUCUCCCUGGGGCAGGCAAGCCCUUUCAUCACCACGUGGCCUUUCAACAUCAAGUCACCCAUCGCAGGUGCCCCUUCCACCCAUCACUACCCACAAAAGCCACCUACCCUCACUGCUCCAGCACCAGGAACCCCCUGCCUUGGGUCAAUACCAGGACCUCAGGAAGAGGAUGUUUGUUAACUUGUGUGGCAUCUUCCCUCCAGAUCUGGUGAAGGUGGUGAUGAACAGGAACCCUCAUGUGAUGGAUGCUCAGAAGCUUGCAGCUACAAUUUUGAUGGAGAAAUCACAGCAUGACGUUACAGCUUAAAGUGUACUGGGCUCACUUCUGCUGGUUUAUCCCCUGGAACCAUCUUAAUUGUUAAAGUCAGGUCAUACAUACACAAGUCAAAUGCAAAAGCUACAAAGCUCCUCAAGCUGAUAAUGGGCUUCUAAUUUUAACUGCAGGGAAGUGUUCUCG